AUGGUUUUUACUAGAUCUGAAGAGGAUAGCACACCUGGUAAGGAGCCAGGACAAUAUGUAAGGGUUACCUCAAAUAAUGGUGGUGGAAACACAGCGGAGAAUCGCCGUAUAGGCAAAAUAAUGGGUGUCUUUUCCGCUUGUAAAGUUGUGACAUUUGCUCUCCUUUUGUGGAUAGUACAGUGUUCCUGUAUGUACUCCGACGUGUCCAUGAAGGGGCUGUACAACAUAGGCAGAGCAGUUUCUGUGAGGCCCAGUAGAUUAUUAGGGGAACCAUUAGUCGAAUUUGACGCAGUGUUCGAUCUCUAUCAGAGAAGCUUUUUAGACAGAAUGGGAUGCGAUAGCAACCAGAAGGAAGAAAUUAGAACUAUGAUGAAAUCUUAUUUCGAUAAAAUAGAUAUGGGAGCGUUGGCUCAACAAUUUCAACAGAACCCAUUGAGCAUGUUGCGCUGUCCACCAGGAAUGUCUGGAAUUUUUCCACCUCAACCUGGAGCAUUCCCUGGAAUGUGUGGUACUUCCAACGCUUCCAUAUUGGGACAAUCAAAUCCAAAUGGAAGUAAAUCUACAGACCCCAAAGAUAAAAAGGAAGGUGAGGAGGAUACUUCAAAUGGUAGUGAUGAGCAGGGGAAAGGAGAAGAUCAACAAAGGAAGCAGAUGAUAUUCCUAACUGAUAAUAGUAACUGUAGCCCUGCUUUACGUUAUUUGAACUUUUUCAAUUUCUUGUGGUCCCCUUCCUUCAUUAUCAUGAGCUCACUUAUGUCAGCAUGUUUCGGACAACUUCAACUUACUAUGGCUUUAUUUUCCAUAUUAUUUCUGAAAGGAUUGAAUUUUACCUGGGACCUCAAAAUAAUGCACGAUAUGCUUUACCCCAAAAAAAAAUAA